AUGUCCGAGAAAGACGAAGCAGCUGUUCUGUUGAUCCCGGAUAGUAAGGAUGCCACAGAAGUCAGAGUUGGUGCCAAUUCCGAACAGACUAUAGCUCCAGAAGGGCCUACGGAUAGUCAUGUUCUAUCGCAAGUCGAACAGGAAGAGAAAGGCCUGGCCCAACAGGCUGGCGUCACGUCGGAUAUCACAGAUGUCGGAUGGAACAAGCCCGCGGGCGAUAUCGUGGCACCACUAGUUGCCGGCUUAUCAAAUGAAGACCUAUGGAUGAUGAUCAGGCGCUUUGAUAAGCAAGUCUACAAUGUCAAAGCUGUUCCAGAAGCUCCGCUUCAGAAACUUGAUUUGACUCGAGCACAUGAUGAUGAGUUCUCGCCAGAUAAACUACGUGCAACAAUCGAACGCUUCUACACUAGUGUGAUUGUCAAGUUGACAAGCUUUGUGAAACACGUUGCGCGUCUGCGGUCUUGGAAGGAGCCUCGACGAACUGCUCUUUUCUGCACAGUAUAUUUUGUCGCCUGGAUUCUGGAUUUCGUUGCUCCUACAUGCCUCGUUGCCCUGAUCGCCUUGGUCAUAUACCCACCAUGCCGUCCAAUCAUGUUCCCACCAGCGCCCAUUGCCUUGGUGAACAAAGAUACUGGUGGUAUUCAGAAGCCCGAAGCUGGAGUACUCGGAUCUCAUGAUAGCAUUACCGGCGCUCCCCAAAACUUCAAAGGUGAAGCAGCUGAACAAGAGGCUAGCAAUCUCAUUGCAAGUGUUGCCAGCGUUGCUGUGGGCAGCGCUGCCGGGAAGCAUGACCAAGGAGUACCAGAAGAUGCACCACUCGAAGGGACUGUCCCAGAUGCCAUGGAUAUAGUGUCCAAUACUGCGGACGCGCAAAGCAACGCGCAUGGUCGGGUGCCAUUGGACUCUCAUGACAAGACUCAGCAACCUAUGAAACAAAAGGUCAUGGAUACUGCAAACAUGCUGAUGGAAAUCAUUAGCGACAUCACGGAUACAUUUGAAAAGUUUGAGAAUGCGCUCUCUGCUACUCCACCAUUCCCCCAACUCAAACCUCGCUUGCGAUUGUCAGCGGUGUUGGUUCCCGCAUGCCUUGUAUCAGCUUGGAUAUCCAGCUACAUAUUAAUCAAAGGCGCUGGGCUCGCCUUUGGCUUCGCUUUCUUCGGCGACCCCAUCAUCAGACGUGCACUUGCCAUUCUCAACCGUGAUUUUCCUCGCUGGCAGAAAAUCUUUGAACUGCAAAAGUCAGUCCUGAACUCUGACGCUGAAUCAUUCAAGACUCUUGCUGAUAUAGUAUAUAGCUCACUCCUGAGAGGCAUACCGACAAAUGCCCAAUUGACUUUGACUCUCUUACGCAUUGGCGAGGCUAAUGCGUCGCCGCUCCCACCCCCUCCAACAUCCCGAGACAAGGCUCCUUCUCGGCCAGCUUCACUUCAUCACGAGGAGCUCACACUAGGUGCUUCUAGUGUAGAAAUUGACCAAGCCGCCUCGGCUGAGUCAACUAACCAGCCACAAGUCUCAAAUCCGUCACCCGAGAAGACCCAGAAAAAGACUUGGGGCGCUGCAAUCGUCGGUUUCUUCCGAGGAACCACCGCAACAGGCGUCGAAAGCAAACGUGGUCUUGAUCGCAUGCGAGCAGCAAUUGGUUCUCGCCAUGCUAAGAAUCGGGUUGGUGUCUUGCGCUCGAAGGGACGAACUAGUACCCCCAUUGGACCUGUCGAAUUUGACGCCCGGCAUGACGGUAAACGUGGGGCUGCGAUCAUUGACUCAACACAAGAACCUCCGGUUCUAUACUUCACAACCGAUAUCCCACAGAAUGGGGAUCUUCAACUGGAGCAUCGUAAGAAUGGCUCUGUGCACUUUACCAUGCCAGUUACGGAUAUCCGAGAAAUGAGAAAGCUCGGUGGUAUGGGCUGGAAAGGGAAGCUUGUUGUUGGGUGGGCUUUCGGUGGAAAAGAGGUGGUCGACGGUUUGCUCAUAGUGGGCAAGGAUCCCCGCCAGUCGUACCAACUGACAGCCAUGCGCAUGAGGAACCAACUGUUCAAUCGGCUGAUUGCUAUAGAUGGACAGGUGUGGGAGACCUUUUAA